CCGAGUAGUCACGUGUAUGAUAGUAUAAGCAACUGCACAGUUUUACACCGAUUGGGAAUUUCACGUAUACUCUAUCACAGUACAAGACAGGCGCAGGCAAGAGCGCAACAUCAUGGGUAUCUCUCGUUCAUCCCGUUACAAACGAUCUGCUUCUGGAGCGCAGCGCGCGCAUUACCGCAAAAAGAGAAAAUUCGAGCUCGGUCGUCAGCCUGCCAAUACUAAACUUGGGGUCAAGCGUGUCCACACCGUCCGUGUCCGAGGUGGAAACCUGAAAUACCGUGCCCUUCGCUUGGAUUCUGGGAACUUUGCGUGGGCUUCUGAGCAUGUUACAAAAAAGACCAGGAUUAUUGGUGUCGUUUACAACUCAUCCAACAACGAGCUUGUACGAACGAACACUUUAGUAAAAAAUGCCAUCAUCCAGGUCGAUGCUACACCCUUUCGUCAAUGGUAUGAAUCCCACUAUGCUCAGCCUGUAACCAAGAGGGGUAAGGCACCUGCUCCUACCGACGCAGCUGCUGAGCCCGUCAAGCUCUCCAACCAUGCCCAGCGCAGCCUUGAUGCUAGGAAAAAAGAGGCCAAGGUUGAGCCACUCCUUGACUCUCAAUUUGCGGCUGGUCGUCUGUAUGCCGCCAUCUCCUCUCGCCCAGGGCAGUCAGGUCGCUGUGACGGUUACAUUCUCGAGGGUCAGGAGCUGGAGUUCUACAUCAGGAAGAUUAGGACUGGAAAGCAGAAGCACGCACAUAAUGCAUAAGCACUUUAUCCUUUCCCUUUCUGUAUCAUAAAAACGAACGAGAUGCUUGGGUUUUUAUGGUUGUCGAGACGCGAAAUUGCCAGAGCUAGUACUUCUAUGUAUCAUGCGCCUCAUGCUUAUAUUCUACUACAAUUUCAACCAUGCUUCCUUGUCUUUCGU